ACAUAGAGACAUCUGUUCCGCUGUUUGGGUUUAACUUUGGGACGCAGGGCAAGAUGAGUAGUGGAGCGAACAAAAAAGGACCUUCGGGACCGUCGGCGGUUGUUGAAUGGGUCUCUACAGCGUGUCGAUUCGCAACAGACAGAAACGAUUUCCGAAGGAAUCUGCUGGUCAAUUUUGGGUUGUUUGCAGCCGGUGUUUGGGUCGCCAGGAAUCUGUCAGAUUUUGAUCUGAUGUCCCCUCAGCCUCCAGUUUAGUUCAGCACACAUAACCAGGAGGACUGCGUGCCGUGGAACAAAUGGAAUCAGCAAAAAAUCGGGAAAUAAUGUUCUUGCAUUAACGAUGAACAAAAACAAUAAAUAAUUAGACGUGGUUUUAGUAUUGUAACACUUGUUAUUGUAUGUCUCUGGAACUUAUCUUUAGUUCAACCAACAAUGAUUUAAUUUGCAUUUCUAUUAUUUGUUGAUUGGAUAUUUAAAAAUAAAUGAGUGGCUUUUUUUUAAAUAUUAAACAGUAUUGUUAAAACA